AUCACUGAAGCAAUCGGAAUUUACAUGUCAUCUUCAAUGCGCCCGUAUUCACUCGUAGAGGAACCCGGCUUCAAGUAUUUGCUGCACAUACUCGAACCUCGUUACAAUAUGCCAUCCCGUACACAUAUAAGGCAAACUGUUGUCCCUUCCAUAUACAACCAAACACGUGCUUUGAUGGAGCACGAGUUGUCAGCUGCACCCUCCGUUUCACUAACAACUGAUGGUUGGACUUCUCGUGCUACGGAAAGCUAUUUAACGGUAACUGCUCAUUUUAUUGAUUCUGAGUGGGAAAUGAAAGCAUCAGUUCUACAGACGCGGCCCCUUUAUGAGCAGCACACAACCACUCACUUAGCUGAGAAGCUACAGGAGGUCGUGGCAGAGUGGAAACUAGAGAGGCAUGGAACAACUAUUUCAGUGACCACAGACAAUGCAAAAAACAUCGUUAAUGCCGUCAGAGAAGCAGGGCUCGGUCCGCACGUAGCAUGCUUUGCUCAUACCCUAAAUUUAGCCGCACAAAAAGCACUUGCAGUCAACCAGGUAUCUAGAUUAUUGGGAAAAAUCAGAAAGAUUGUUACUUUUUUUCAUCGUAGCACAACGGCUGCGUAUGUUUUGGAGCGUAAACAGGUGGCCCUCGACUUGCCAAAACACUGCCUCAUACAUGAUGUGUCGACACGCUGGAACUCCAGCUACGAAAUGGUCGAGCGCUAUCUGGAACAGCAAGUUGCCAUUUACUCUGCUUUAACAGACAACACCGUAAAGAACAAACAUGACGGCUCGGGCUCACGUCUGUCAGAUCAAGAGGUGAGCUUCGCAGAGAGUGUGGUUAAUAUUAUGAAACCUUUGAAGACCAUCACUACAAUUUUGAGCACAGAAACAACGCCGUCGGUUUCAAUGAUCCUACCACUCAAAACAAUGAUAAUGAAGUCUAUGGAGCGAAAUGACGACGAUGCUCCCAUCGUCAGGGAAAUGAAAAAUGCCAUCAGAGAGAACUUGCAAACCCGAUACACUGACACACAUCUCCAGGAUUUCUUUAAUAAAUGUACUGCAUUGGACCCCAGGUUCAAAUCGCUCCCUCAUUUGGAUCCUGCCCAUCACCAGAACGUCUUUGAAGAUAUCACCAAAGAAGUUAUGAGCAGAACAGAGCAGACUGAGACCACAGAGGCAACACAGGACAGGCCAUCAACUUCACAGGCUACUUCCUUACCAGAGAUGCCAGAGUCUGAGACAUCAUCCUCCCCACCUCCUCCAAAGAAGUCAGCCAUGGCAGAAGUCUUUGGCUCCCUCUUUGCAACUAGUCAGAUGAACAAUUCUGAUUUGAAGCAGAAGGUGAAGGAUGAAGUAUAUGCCUACAUAGCCAAGGAAAGCACUUCUUUGGAAUCUGACCCACUUGGCUGGUGGAAGUCCAAUGAAACAAUAUUUCCAAAUCUAGCCAAGUUGGCCAAAUGCUACCUGGCAGUACCUGCCACCUCCGUCCCAAGUGAGAGGGUUUUUUCAACGGCAGGUGACAUAGUCACUGCCACAAGAUCUACCCUCACUAGUGAAAGUGUGGACAUGCUUGUGUUUCUGAAAAAAAACUUAAAAAUACAGUAAAGCUACCUCUAAGAGGUACAUUUUGUGAUACUGCACAUAUUGUUCUUUUCUUUUAUAUUUUAUAACAAAUGAAGGACCACAGUUUUAUUUUAAUUUUUGCUUCACCCAUCAGAAAUAUGGACUAUGGGACAGUUUAUGUUUACCAUAGCAAGCCAUGGUAUAAUUGCACUAUAAUAAACUAUAAUGUGGUCAUAAUUUCUAUAUUCUGAAGUUAACAAGUUUGCCAGUUGGCACUUGGCACAGGUAUGCCUGUCACACUUAAUAGCAUAUUUUUUUCUUGUUAUUAUUAUUCUAAGAAAUUUACACUUUCAGAAAUAAGAGAUGCUUGUAUUUUCUGUUUUUAUUGCUGAUUGUCAAAUUUUGUUUACAAGUUACUGAUGGAGUCUGGAGAUGAUGUGAGGUAGUUAUUGUUGUUUACUGUUAAAUAUAUACCUUAACCUUUAACCUUACACACUUAAGGCUGUUGCAGCUAUAACUCAGGGGAGAGACUGUAUAACACUACGUGGUACAGCUGAGACAUUUACAAUAAAAAAUUGUCUUCUGCAUUUUUGUCCCGCUUUCCUCUCCGUUGUACCGAAAAUCAUACCGAACCGUGACGUCUGAACCGAGGUACGAACCGAACCGGGACUUCUGUGUACCGUUCCA